UUGAACACAUGUCUGCUCUUUGUAGGUCAAUAAUAUUUACAUUUCCGGCUGUCGUAAUCUGAACUCGGCCGCUUUUCGGCAUUUUUUUGGUUCUUUACAUUCACAAUGUCUGGGAGUCCAGCUCUGAUUAUGCGCCUUGUGGCCUCUGCCUUCUCUGUGGCUGAGAAAGCUGGGAACAUAGUGAGGACGGUUCUGCACAGUGGAGAACUUGGCAUUGUAGAGAAGACAGGUGCUAAUGAUCUGCAGACACUGGCUGACAGACUGGCACAGCAGAGCAUCUGUGCCUCAUUGUCCAGACGUUUCCCUAAAAUCACCAUUAUUGGAGAAGAGGAGCUUCCAUGUGAAGAGGUCAGAGAGGACCUUGUUGAGAACGGCCAAAAUGAGGAAAUCCUCCAGAAGAAAUGUCCACCGGAGUAUAGUGAGCUGACGGAGGAGGAGCUGGUGGUGUGGGUUGAUCCUCUCGAUGGGACAAAGGAAUAUACUGAAGCAUCGAGGUGUCACCGUCACCAAACUGAGGUCCAGAUACCACACACAGGGUCGGUCGUCACUCAGCCUCACAGCACAGCUCUGUGGCUCCUGGAUAAUGUGACAGUACUGAUUGGGAUCGCAUACGGAGGCAGAGCAAUCGCAGGCGUCAUCAACCAGCCUUUCUACAACUAUCAGCUCGGCACAGGGGCCACACUAGGACGGACCAUGUGGGGGAUGUUGGGCCUGGGCGCUUUUGGAUUCAAACUCCAGAACCCUCCAGAUGACAAACGAAUCGUCACAACUACCCGUUCCCAUAGCAACAAGCUGGUAACGGACUGCGUGGACGCAAUGGAGCCACAUGAGGUUAUAAGAGUGGGUGGUGCUGGAAAUAAGAUUAUUCAGCUGGUUGAGGGAAAAGCGUCUGCUUAUGUCUUUGCGAGUCCAGGCUGCAAGAAGUGGGACACCUGUGCUACUGAAGCCCUUCUACAUGCAGUUGGAGGCAAACUGACUGACAUGCAUGGAAAUGCAUACCGCUAUGACGCUAACGUGAAAUACAUGAAUUCAGCCGGCGUUCUGGCAACACUACGGAACCACGAGUACUACGUCAGCAGAGUACCACAGUCAGUACUACAGGCCCUCAAGUCAAGCUGAGGUCUGUUUUAACCAGAAAGUUUAGUCAGGUGAUCAAUGUGAUGUCAUCUCUCAAACACAGAGAAUUAAAAAACAAAAACA